ACCUCAGGUGAUCCAUCCACCUCGGCCUCCCAAAGUUCUGGGAUUACAGGCAUGAGCCACUGUGCCUGGCCUAUGGCCUGGCUAUUAAUGGUUUGUAAUUCUUAUUCAAUGGCUCUUUUCUCACUUCUUUUAAAGGAAUUAUUCUGUAAGGCCUGUAAGGGACUAAACCUCUGUAUAUAAGAAUAGGAUCUCAGUUGAAGCUGUGGGUUUUGAACUCUGGAAACAAAGGGGUUCUGUAACAAGAAAUGAGACAGUGCCCAACCACAUGAAGAUUCCCAGGUUUGAAACAAACCACAGAAUAUCCUGCAAAACAGUGUGCCAUUGGCAGAAGAGUGAAAGGGGACAACAGCUGUGGGCCUCACGGAAGGGAUGGCCAUCGUACAACCAGCAAGUUGAGCACUGCUGGCCUGACUCUUCCUGCACAGCACAUAUUCACCUUUUUGUUCUUUCCCUUUUAUUUCAUAAAGGCUUUUUGGUGGCUUUCAUCUUACCUCUUGCUAAAAAGAAAGAGGGCUUUGGACCCAUCUGGGGGCUCUGAGCUUUUAUUGGAAAACAAUGUGGUCCUGGAGCUGGUACAGUGGUUCAAAUGGUCACCCCUGUGAAAUGACCACAAGAAGGAGAGCGGUGAGGGCCUCUGGUCAGGCAGCCACCACACCAGGACAUUCCUGGACAGUACUGAAGCCUGGAGGUUCCAUGUUUUAUUUUCACAGGAGGGCUGCUUACCUUAAGAGCACUCUGGACACCCCCUAUCCCCUAGACACCCAUGCAUGAAAGCAAGGAGUCAUCUACUCAAACUGUCAUCCAAGGUGUCUUUCCUUGAAAUCAAUAUUUUAAAGAAAAUAGUGCUACUCUGAAGAACAGCACAGUCCAAUAUAACUAUUGGUGAUGACAGAAUGUUCUGUAUUUGUGCCAUUCAACAUGGUAGCCACUAACCACAGGUAGCUGCUGAGCACUUGAAAUGUAUCUAGUGUGACUGAAUGUUUAACUUGAUUUCCUGUUAAUUUUAAUUUGAAUAGCCACAUAUGACUACUGUCUGCUACAUUGGUCAGCGUAGCUCUAGAGCUUUUUAGUGUAGUGGAACUUGGUAUGUAAGAAUCACAGAAACGACCCUGGACGACAUGAUGAAACUGUGGCUCAAAUACGAAAAAUUAGUGGGCAUGGUAGCAUGCUCCUGUAAUCCCAGCUACUUGAGAGGCAAAGGUGGGAGGAUCACUUGAGCCUGGGAGGUUGAGGCUGCAGUGAGCUGAGACUGCACCACUGCACUCCAGCUUGGGUGACAGAGUGAGACCUCUUUGAAAACAAAGAAAAAUCACAGAAGCUGCUUUUGGGUUCAUGAGACAAGAAGGUUUGAGAUGUGUGUUUCAAGUUUGAGUACCAGUCACAUUUUUUAAAAAAACAACGUUUUUUUUUUCUUUUCAGAGACAAGGUCUUGCUGUGUUGCCCAGGGCAGAAUGCAGUGGCUAUUCACGGGUGAGAUCCCACUACUGAACUGCAAGGGAGUUUUGAACUGCCCUGUUUCCAACCUGGUUCAGUUCACCUUUCCUUAGGCAACUUGGUGGUGCCCUGUUCCAGGAAUAUCACCAUAUUAAUACCAAACUUAGUGUGGAGAGACUCCAGAUUGGCAUAGUGCCCUACAACUCAGAGCUCCUGGGCUCAAGCCAGCCUCCUGCCUCAGCCUCCCCAGUAGCUGGGACUACAGGCCACAUGCCACAUCACCAGGCAUCAUUCACUUUUUUUAGGCUUUUCAUCCAAGGGUGUCCAUUCACCCUCUGCUCUCUCCUGCAGUCACAGAGGUCAUUGUCCCCAGUAGAUUGUCACCUGCUUUUACCUGUGCCUGCAUUCUCUCCACCUUGACUGCCUCUGUGUUCCCAUCUACCUGUUCAUCUCCCACCUGUCCCCCUUAGCUUAUUUAUCCUCCUACCUCAAGAAGCUUUUAUUUCUAUUUUACGUGAAAGUAAAAUGUUGCACUUAAAAGUAAAAUCCUCCAACUGGUGCUGGGGGACUGGUGUCCGGGUUAUUUGAUAUAUAUAGAAUGCCCAUUUAGCCUUGCCCUAAUUUUCUGACAAAAUAUAAGACCAUUACAAAUUCUGGCUUUGUCUUCCAGUUUCAGCCUAACUUGUUACAAAAUAAUAUUCAUGGGGAAAAGGUGACAUCUCACCAAUAGAUUAAUUUCAAUGAUCUUAAAUGAUGGAUCCUACAGCUUUUGACCCAUUCUGCUGAAAUGGAUACAAUACUUGCCACCCAGAAAAUGAUGGCAGCUCAAGAGUGAUCUUUGCUAAUCACUCUUUGAAAACUCUUGAGGAUCAAGAGCUUCAACAAGCUUCUUAGAAGGGGUGGUAUUGUACUAAGCUUCAGGAGCCUCCUCCUUUCAGAAGUCCUGCCUGUGUUUUGCGUGGGGGACUAGCUUCAUUGCCCUCGAGCCCAGACGGCACUCCCCAGCCUGGGACAGAAUUCGCAGGGCAAAGCGUUCCAGGCCACUGACUGGCUUGCUCUGGAUCUGCUGGCAAAAACCUCUGCACACGUGCGAGCACCCCUCCGGCCCCUGAGGACACCUUGCGCCAGUCUCUAAGGCUGGAUGGCAGGGCGCUGUGACACCGGGGGUGACCAGAGGGCGGUGGCAGCUCACAAUGAUGGAUCGUGAAGAGGGACACCUGCGAACCCAGGUGCCACGGCAGGUGCUGCCCAUAGGCCCUGCAGGAGGGCAUAAAGGACGCGGACCCCGCCUUCUCCGCAGAGUUUUCGCAGCCUACAGGAGGGGAGGACGUGUGAGGCGGUGCGUGAGGAUAUGGGUGUGCUGGCCAGUGCCGGUUUGUUGCUACUGUUAGUCAUGGGCCACCCCAGAAGCCUAGGACUGAAGUGUGGAAUUCGCAUGGUCAACAUGAAAAGUAAGGAACCUGUUGUGGGAUCUGGAUUCUUCUCUAGAAUUAGUAGUUGGAGAAAUUCACCAGUGGCUGGACAUCCUUGGCAGGUCUCCCUAAAAUUAAAUGAGCACCAUUUCUGUGGAGGAAGCUUGAUUCAAGAAGAUCGAGUCGUUACAGCUGCACACUGCCUGGACAGCCUCAGUGAGAAGCAGCUGAAGAAUAUAACUGUGACAUCUGGGGAGUACAGCCUCUUUCAGAAGAAUAAGCAAGAACAGAAUACUCCUGUCUCAAAAAUCAUUAUCCAUCCUGAAUACAACAGCCAUGAAUAUAUGAGUCCUGAUAUUGCACUGCUGUAUCUAAAACACAAAGUCAAGUUUGGAACUGCUGUUCAGCCAAUCUGUCUUCCCCACAGUGAUGACAAAGUCGAACCAGGGUUGCUUUGCUUGGUCAGUGGAUGGAGCAAGAUUUCCAAGACAUCAGAAUAUUCAAAUGUCCUACAAGAAAUGGAACUUCCCAUCAUGGAUGACAAAACGUGUAAUACUGUGCUCAAGAGCAUGAAUCUCCCUCCCCUGGGAAGGACCAUGCUGUGUGCCAGCUUCCCUGGCAGGGAAGUAGAUGCCUGCCAGGGGGACUCUGGAGGACCACUGGUUUGUAGAAGUGGUGGAAUCUGGAUUCUUGCUGGGAUAACUUCCUGGAUAGCUGGUUGUGCUGGAGGUUCAGCUCCUCUAAGAAACAACUAUAUGAAGGCAUCACUUGGCAUUUUCUCCAAAGUGUCUGAGUUGAUGGAUUUUAUCACUCAGGACCUGCUCACAGGUUUGAAUCAGGGCCAACCCUCAAAAGUGAGCAUAAGAUGUAUAACAAAGGCCCUGAGUUCUGUUCAAGAAGUGAACGGAAGCCAGAGAGGAGAGGAUUGUAAACCUCAGGGGACAGUGUUAUUUGGAGAAAGUAGGAAGAUUCGUUACCCCCAUUCCAAAGGAGACAACUAUUCUCAUAAUUGCUUAUAUAUUUGGAAGAUAAUAGUACCAGAAGAUAAAAUUAUCUUGCUAAAAUUUACAAGUUUAGACACGGAAAAGCAAGUUGGAUGUGAUCAUGACUAUGUAUCUUUACAAUCAAGCAAUGGAGUGCUUAUUAGUAAGGUCUGUGGAAAUAUAUUGCCCUCACCAUUGCUGACAGAGACCAGUAAGGCCAUGAUUGCAUUUGUUUCUGAUACAGAAGACAGUGGCAGUGGCUUUGAGCUGACUUUUACUGCUGUACAGAACUCAGAAGCAGGUGAGUAGUGUGGUUGUAAUGUAAGGUGUCAUUGGUUCAUUUAUGCUCCAGAGAAUACAUUAGUACAGUUGGCAUUUGAGGACUUUACUGUUGAAUUUAGUCACAACUGUAACUAUGAUGCUGUUGUGAUUUUUGCUGAUUCUGAAGAAGAGCACAAGUUAGCUAACCUUUGUGGAAUCUUGACCAUCACUUCAAUAUUCAGUUCUAGUAACAUGAUGGUAACAUUUAAAAGUGAUGGUAUAAAUUGUUUCCAAGGCUUUAAGGCUAGAUUCACCUUUUUGCCCUCAGAGUCUUCCAACAAAACUGAAGCAACACCAACUCCCCAAACCAAUCCUGUAUCUACUGCAAAAGCUAUUCUGCAGGAUGUCUGUGGCAUCCCUCCAUUUAGUUUCCAGUGGCUUUCCAGAAGAAUUGCAGGAGGGGAAGAAGCCUGCCCCCACUGUUGGCCAUGGCAUGUGGGUCUGAGGUUUCUAGGUGAUUACCAAUGUGGAGGUGCCAUCAUUGACCCAGUGUGGAUUCUGACUGCAGCCCACUGUGUGCAAUCGAAGAAUAAUCCAUUCUCCUGGACUAUUAUUGCUGGGGACCAUGACAGAACCCUGAAAGAAUCAACUGAGCAGGUGAGAAGGGCCAAACACAUAAUAGUGCAUGAGGACUUCAACACACUAAGUUACGACUCUGACAUUGCCCUAGUACAGCUAAGCUCUCCUCUGGCGUACAAUUCGGCAGUGAGGCCAGUAUGUCUCCCACACAGCACGGAGCCUCUGUUUUCCUCCGAGAUCUGUGCUGUCACCGGAUGGGGAAGUAUCAGCAGAGAUGGUGGCCUAGCAAGUCGCCUACAGCAGAUUCGAGUGCAUGUGUUAGAAAGCAAGGUCUGUGAAUACACUUACUAUUCUGCACAUCCAGGAGGGAUCACAGAGAAGAUGAUCUGUGCUGGCUUUGCCACAUCUGGAGAGAAAAAUUUCUGUCAGGGAGACUCUGGUGGACCACUAGUAUGUAGACAUGAAAAUGGUCCCUUUGUCCUCUAUGGCAUUGUCAGCUGGGGAGCUGGCUGUGUCCAGCCAUGGAAGCCGGGUAUCUUUGCCAGAGUGAUGGUCUUCUUGGACUGGAUCCAAUCCAAAAUCAAUGGUCCUGCUUCACUUCAGACAAAUAAGUGCAAAACCUUAAAACAGCAAUUGCCACUGCCCGCACCUUUGCCAGACAGUGCAUCUUGGCCAGGUUGUUGCUCUGAAGCAGAGCUAGAAAAGCUCAGAGGAUUUUUUCCCAUUCCACAAUAUCCACUGAAUUCCAGAGGAAGACUGGAAUGUUCUUGGGUGCUCCGAGUUUCACCAAGCAGUAUAGCAAAAUUUACCGUUGAGUAUCUGUCACUCCUGGGGUCUCCUGUGUGUCGAAACUCAGUUCUAAUUAUUUAUGAAGAAAGACCCAGAAAGAGAAAGAUGGCAGGUGGAUUAUGUGGGAGAAGACAUUACCCAAUGACUUUCAUGAGUCCUGGACCACUGGUGAGGGUGACAUUCCAUUCUCUUGUACAAGGUGCACUUGGCAUAAGCUGUAUUGUCUUCAAAGUCCUAGGUCCAAAAGACAGUAAAAUAACCAGACUUCGCCAAAGUUCAAACAGAGAGCAUUUGGUCCCUUGUGAGAAUGUUGUUCUGACUAAGCCAGCAGGGAUCAUGCAGAUCCUAAGAAAUUCUCACAAAGCUACUAUGAGUUGCCAAUGGUGGUUAGUGGCACCUUUAAAUCACAUCAUUCAGCUUAAUAUUAUCAACUGCCCUAUGAAGCUAACAUCUUUGGUCUGUCACGGACAUCUGCGUGUUUACAAAGGAUUUGGACCAGGAAAAAAAUUAAUAGGUAACUAAUUUCCCAUGAAGCACUAUGCUACUGAUUUUUCUCUUAUAAAACAUGUUUAGAUUGUUUUAUAUUCAGUAUGUGGCUCACAUGUGACAUACACUAAAGUCUUACCUGAUGUUGAAAUAGACUUACCGUUAAACUUUUGUCAGAUUUAAAAUUAAGCUAUAAAAUCAUCUCAGUGGUUUAGUUAAAAACAAAAUGCAACAACGUUUCUUACAUGGAUCACACCUAGAUAAAAUUUGCUGAGAAAUGCUAAAAAUAAAGAAUGAGUGAAGCAGUUUUAGACAAGAACAGAAGAAAAUUAAUGCUAUAUAUUAAUAAGGCAAAAGACAUUACAUGAGCUUGUCAAUUGGUGGUAAUUAGAAACCUGGUUACUGUGACUUAAACUCAUAAUUUUCAGAGAAACCCAGAGAAAUGCAGAUGCACUGCUAGUUCAACAAUUGAACUCCACCAGCGCUAAAGGUAUUUUGAUUAUUUUGGCUUUUCCUAACGGUUGCAUACUGGUUAUUUCAUCUCUUAUCAUCACACUGAAGGAAGAAGGGGAAGCAAGGGUUAUCCCUAUCAGGAAAACAAACAUGUUUCCAAGAAUCCUGUAGCCUACUUAAAUCUCUAUCCAGAAUCGUCACAUGGCCAUGCCUGACCAGAGGGUGACUAGAGAGAAGGGAAAUGGAAAAGGAUUUUGGGUGGUCAACCGUUUCUGGACAUCAUGGGAUACAGAAAUCCAGAGUUCUAGAAUCUGAUGGUCCUUGGUCCAUAUCUCAGUUCUACCAUAUACUAGUUGAGUGAUUUUGGGAAUUAUCUCAAAUCUUUCUAAGGCUCAGUUUCUUCAUUUGUGAAACGAGACACCCCACCACCAUGCACACUAUGGUCUAUGAAUUCUCAGUUUACUUAAUCAAGGAUACAAAUAUGUGAUGAAGUAAAAGCCCAGAGAAGGAGGAUGUAUGGCUUUUUGCUGGCCUUUGCCUUCCUAAGGAGGACCCAGAUACCAGUGUCAUUCUCUAUGCAGGUAGGGUCCUCUUAGGGUGGGCAAAAAAAGCCAACUGCUAAACUGUUGUCUUUUUUUAUUCUUCAGAUUUACAAUACCAUCCUAGAAGUAAGUGCACUAAGAAUCUUUGUGUUUCUAUCUAGGAGAAUGCUGAUGAGCACUGAGUUUUCUUGGUUCCUAAGCCAAUUUAGCACCAAGAAGACCACAGCUUCUUGUGGGGAGACUGCAGUAUCUAUGAAAAUGAUGUAUACUUCUACCUUUCUUGCUGUACAGAACUGUUACCAUGCACUGCCUCACCAGGUUGUUUUGAGAAUUAAAUAAGAGAAGACAUAUUAAUCUCUAAGAAAUCAAGCUUGUGUUAUAUUUGGAUUAGAAAUAUUUAUUCUGAUUCCUGUUCUUAAAAUUGUGCUGCUUGGAGGAAAAGUUUAGACUGUUUCCCUAUUGCCUCUUCUGUGGGUGUCAGGGCACACAAAGAUUGGAAAAACAAAGAAAUAAAGAAGACGGCAGGGAAGGAAGAGUACAUUAGCAAUGUCAGUUAUUAUUUAUAAUGUUAAUCAACUACAUAUCUGUUCUUUACUUAGAAAUAAUUCAUAAAAUAUACUAUUUUAUAUUUCCUUCUCCCCAAAAGUUUUAUGACUAUUUCAAUUUCUCCAAGGUUUAUAAGCUCUGGGGUAGAAGGAAGAAAAAAAUACUUCUCUUCUACCCAUCUCUCCGGAGGAACAAAUCCUGUGAUCAGAAGUUUAGAACUUAGUCCAACCUCUCAGUAGGGGAGAGGGACUGGAAAUUGAUUUAAUUGCCAAUUGCCAAUGAUGUUACUGAUCAUGUCUAUGUAAUGAAGUCCCCAUAAAACCCCAAAAGGAGAGCAUUCAGCGAGUUGGGUUUGUGAACACAGAGUGCUGGGAGGGUGGUGUACCCAGAAGGAACACUGAAGCUCUGUGCCCAGCCUCCAUAUCUUGCCCUACAUGUCUUUCAUUUGACUGUUCCUGAAUUAUAUCCUUUGUAAUAAAUUGGUGAACACAA